GCGCGCUCUAACUAGAAUUUCAAAACCAAUAGGUGACUGCCUUUCUUCUUCUUCUUCCUCUCCUCGUUCUCUCAGCUGGUUUCUCAAAUUUAUUCGCAAUUGAUACCGCAGCAUCUCAUUCACCUUUUUCCUGCGAUUUUGGGUUUGUGUUACAGUGUCCAGUAACAAAGGCUUUGCUUUCUAAAGGAGGUGAAUCAGGAUAAUGGCUAAAUUUGUUGCCCCUGGAAACUUGAUGAUCAAAGAUGAAAACUUGGAUAUUCAUUCCAAAAAGAUUGUCAAGUCGAAGAAUUCCAAGACAGGUGGAAAGAAAGGUGGUUCAGGGAUUGCAAGUCGAAAAGCUUUAAAUGAUAUAACAAACAAAGCAUCAUUGCACCCUGAAACCUCAAUUAAGAAAAAGAAUUUACCCAAGGAAGAUAUUAAUGUAAAGGAGGAAAUGUUUUUGCAUGAUCACAAGAAGUGCAUUGAGGCCCAAAAAGCUGCAAUGAGAAAUUUCGAUCUGGAGACAGUUCUUCCAAAAGAUGAUUCCAUGUUUAUUCUAGAGCAGAUAAAGGUUCCUGAAUCCCCUCGAUGCUACCCAGAACCAGUAGAAUUGCCAAUGUCAGAUUUUUCUGAUUGGUUGGACUAUUCGAUUCAGUGGAGCUCUCCUCCAUCGUCUCCAUCACCGUGGGACUCUCCACCAUCUCCCCUUGCGUGGCAAAAUAAAGCAUUUGAAUUUGUUCUGAAGGAAGAAAUCGAUGCCAAAAUGUAACCUAAUUUUUCUUCAUCUAAUAGAACAAAUGGAACUCCACCGUUUAAACCUCAUGUUUUUUUUAAUUCUCUUCUCAACCUUGGAGAAAAGUCAGUUUAAGAAGUUUUGUUCCACAAGUGACAAAAAAACAAGGGUCAAACCAAUUCUUAGUUCUACCAU